GUACUCUCACUCUCUUCCUCCCUCAGCAAACCCACGCGCGCCUCUUUUCUUCCUUUUCUCUUCCCUCAAGCUUCCAAGCGAUUCCUUCAGUAAUAUCUCUCCAAUUUUCCGUUUUACUUUUCGAGAUUCAUCUCAAAUUCGUACCGAUCUUACGCACAGCUCACCCAAAUAUCCGUCCAGAAAUUUUGAAAUUCUUCGUAUUUUGCUCAGAAAUCCAAGGAUUUUUCAUCCUAUAAAUACUUCCUUUGUUGCCGCCUAAAAAUCGGAGCGCAUAGUUUUCGGAGACAAUGUAUUAAGAGUGAAAAAAUGUCAGAGCGCUUGCCCCUUUCUUGGCUGGUCCAAGCGAGCACUUACAAUGUGAAAAUUGGUGAGGAGACUGUCAUCACAACCGUCACUGACCGCGAAGCUAUGGCGAUCAGUAGCAUUUCGGCACUUAGGAGUGAAUUGAAAACUCCAGAUCCAUUUGUUGGAAUCGAUGUUGUGAAUAAUGGAGAUCUGUUGCUGUUUCAUGUGAAAAAUCGGUGCCUAAUUAUUCAAUUUAAUCGGAUGAUGCUCUUGGAUGAUCUAACUGUUAUCCCCUCUCCUCUUAAUGAGCUUCUGGGGGACAAAAGUAUCACUUUUAUAGGUCCUAGACACUUGUGCCAGAAUUCUACUGAGUCAUAUAUAUCUGGAAGUAGAGGCCAAAAAUUAGUAUUGAAUAGAAUUGUUGAUGUUGGUUAUUUGAGUGGUAAGCUUUGUAAGAAGCCAGAUCUGCUGAGUAGUACACUAGAAGAGUUGUUGGGUAGAGUUGGCAUUGAUAUCAAGAAGACUGUGAUUAGUGAAGGUUCAAUGCGUCCUGAUUGGCAAUCGUCUUCGGUUCUAUCGGAGGAGGAGGUGAAAUAUGCGAUGUAUGAAGUUCAUUCAUGCUAUCAAAUUGCAAGCAAGCUAAUUACUGAUGCGACAAGUGCAACUGCAAAUCUGUUGCUGUUUUAUGGGGGGAAAUUCCCCUCUCUCUUAAGAAGACAAAGAUGCUGAGUAGUACACUAGAAGUGUUGUUGGGUGAAGUUGGCAUCGAUGUUAUGAAACCUGUCAUUAGUGAAGGUUCAAUUCGUCUUAAUUGGCAAUCGAGGAGGUGAAAUUGGCGAUGUAUCAAGUUCAUUCAUGCUAUCAAAUUGUAACCAAGCUUAUUGAUGCAAAAAGUGCAACUGCACAGCGUGCGUAGUACUUAAUUUUGUUAUUUUAAUGUUAUUAUCUAUGGAUUUUGUUCUAUCUCUUCAACUUCUUAUUUGGAUGCUUGAGAUGUGUCAUAUUUUUAUAUUAA